UUGGAAGCAAAAAAAAAAUGGUGGUCCAGCUGGGAACGAGCCAGCAGGCCACGGUGAAUCUGAGUGGCGUCGAGCUGUGAUCCGUCCACCGCUGAGAGCGGGAGGUAAUCGCUGCUCUGUGAAACCAGCCUCACGCAUUGCCCUCCAACUUCAGGAACCGUCUGAGAAGAGCCUUUGCUCAACUCACACAGAUCACUCACAGCUUGGACUGGGCAGCUCGGAACAAUGCCACUACAGAUCCGACCCGUGGACCGAGCCAGUGUUCCACCAACUUAUUGUCCCCACUUGGGUCACAAGCCCUCGUUACUGAGCUCGACGUACACUAUCUGCUUUAACUUCAUUUAUAAAGUAGAACAUUUUAGAGUCAAGUAGCCGAUGUGGGACAAAAGAGAAGUACACACACACAAUGGUGUUUUUCAGUGUUCUGAUUUUGGAUUUUGGUUGUGGACAAAAGAACACAAUGGUUUCUUCGGAGACAGAGUCUCUUCGAUGAUUAGCUUCACAGACCCCUCCUUUCAGUGGGAGACUAUGCUCAGACCUUGAAGGGUAUAUGCUUGUAAUUGUACGAGUGAGCAAAAGAAACUUCAAUUGUACUACCGAAGCUGUUUCUGCAUUUUGUGUCCAUCAGAAGAUCAACACUUGUUGAGAUCUCUUACAAAUACACGAGUUGAGUUUUUGGAGGAUUCCAUUGAUUGAAGGGAUUAUAAAAUUCGACUGGACCUUUUGAUGGCUGAUGGACCAUGUGGGAUUCAGUAGCUGACAAGAACAACAAAGGAUUCCACCUAACAGAGACAACCCACAUGUUGCAGGAUAUAUAUAAAAUAUCACACGAAACUGAAAAAAAGAACCAGACAGAGACACCUCUUCUUGAACUUAACGCCUUACAUUGUGGUUUAUUUCCAUAUUCUUUACUGCCUGAUGGUGAUAUCCUAUGGAAGUAUGAUUGUUUAUCUGAGGCAAAGAUUUCUCACUUCAACUUGAUGCGACUACUCCUGGUCCAGUUUUCAUAGGAUUGGUUUCUUUGAUAGAAGUGAAAUCUUGGGUUGAUUUGAGGCCGUUGUUCUUCCAUGUUGAUGCCCCACCUGUUCUUUUAGUACUGUGUCCUUUUUGUUUUUCUGUCAUCUGAAGAAAAAGGCAAUCAGUCAUCUUGCCCAAUAACUUUCAAAGAUUUGGUGUUUAAGAGAGAAUCUUCGGUAUAAAGGUCCUAGAUACAGCUAGAGGUUUAUUUCUGUCUUAUUAAGGAGAGAUUCUGGUUCUUCUGUUUGCCAGAUAUCUUGGCUGGUUUUGAGAGCUCAGGUUCAUAGGUGGAAUUUGAGUCCAUUCCGCUUGGAGCUGCAGAGAGUGAGUUGAUGUUACGAUCGUAGGAUCUUACUCCAGAAAGCCAGAAAAGGUCCUUACGAUUACGACUCUGUAAGCUGAAAAGUUGCUUCCUUUUUUGAAUCUGAGCUGGAUAUAGAGCUUUGAGGUUAUUUUUUGGAAGUUAAAUAGGAAGUAAGAUUCAGGUUAGUGCGGGAACAAGUUGGAAAAUUCUGGUAAUUUUGUCAAAGGUAUCGCUGGAGUACUAACUAUCAGAAAACAUUUUCAGACAGAAGCUUGGUGAUGUAUCUUCAAUUUUUCACCAACCCAUCUCAUGGCUUAGCUCAUGUAUGCUACUCUAGUCAGAUUUCGUGUAAGGUAAGACUGAGUCGUAUCCUUGCCACGCCACCGUCUUCAGUCCUCUUGCAUAUGGACGAAAGCAAUAAUCUUCACAAGCCCAAGAAAGGUUUUUGUCUGAGUGAGGAUUCGAGAAACAAUUUAAACAGUCUUUCUGCAGAUUCUUUGUUUAGGCAGGCCAACACAUUGGGGAUUAUUGGAGGCGUUUCAACUGAUUCCACUCUUAAAUUUGUGAAGAAACUCGUGGAUUGGAGCUCAAAAGGUGGUAUAAGCUCGUUACCUUUCGUGCUUUGCUCGGAUCCUGCACUCAACAAGGAGCUUCUCUUAUACGAGGAGAACUCGUAUCCUUCUCUUUACCAUAGAGCAGAGAGUACACCGGUGGAUCCAAAGCUAAUUGUGGAAAACCUAAGGAAUAAGAGGAGAUAUCUUGAGAGUUGUGGAGCUAAAUUAAUCGUAAUGCCCUGCCAUAUUGCACAUAUAUGGUAUGAAGAGGUUUGUGAAGGGAGUUCAGUUCCUCUGCUUCACAUGGGUGAAUGCAUUGCUAAAGAGCUGCAAGAGGCGAAAAUGAAGCCCCUUGAAGCUGGGAAUCCUCUGCGUGUAGGUGUGAUGGCUACUAGCGCCACGUUAUCCGCAGGGUUCUACCAGGAUAAACUCCAAAGCAAUGUCAGUAUUCUAUUGUGUCCAUUGGAGCAAUUUAUCCUAUCAUUUAUCUAAAAAGUGACUUUGUGAUACUUUCUUAUAACGCUAGUAUUAUCUACUCUCAAAACAGUUUCUUCUUUUUAUAAUCAUAUCUAUGUGAAUGCGUCACGUUUUUCUCUUCUAUCAAUGGAGUUCCAUUUUUCAAGGGGAGCCUUUUUA